UGGUGAAGUUGUUCGUUGAAAUGGCUGAGAAUGAAAUGAAAUUCACCCAGCCAAAACGCCAAAGUCUAAGGCAACGUCUCGAAGAUUUCUCAGAGUAUACAACAUGCCAUGGUCUUCGGUUUGUUAUCGGAGCAGAAAGGGGUAUUUUCCGUCGACUUGUCUGGCUCGCCGUUAUCCUGACAGGCGUAGGAAUGUUGACAAACCAAGUGAUAACCAGUUACAGAAAGUUUAAAGACCAUGAGCAUGUGAUCACUAAAGAGAUCGAUUCCAGUUCAGGAUACCUAACYUUCCCCGCUGUUACCGUGUGCAAUGUAAACAUSAUGAAAAAAUCCAAAAUUAWAGACACAGAUGCUCAAAUUUAUCUGGACCAGCUGAACGYUCUAAAGAAAUCAUUAAGUUUUUCGCAGGGAUUUUCAAACAAAAUGCUUAAUAAUUCGUUUGAUAUCGAAAAAGCCGUCCUGAAAAAUGGUCACAGUGCAAGAGAUAUGAUAUAUGUAUGCACUUGGGGUGGAGAACUGUGCAGCCACCUUAACGUCACAACGAGCGUUUCACAAAUUUACGGACUUUGUCACACAUUUAAUUCAGGGCGACAAGGACACUCCCUUCUCUCUUCCUAUACAACGAAGCGAACCAAAGGCCUGCAUYUAUUGAUUGACAUAACAAAAGAUGAAUAUUAUGGGUUUUCAAGCUACUUUAAUACUGGGAUACGAGUGGUYAUCCAUGACCAGAAUGAGGAGCCAAUGGYGGAAGUUCAAGGAAUCGAUGUUAUGCCAGGUCACAUGACAACAAUGAACAUCCAAAAGACAGAGUAUGUCAGCCUUCCACCACCAUUCAAGUCUGCAUGUGACAGCAGAAAACUGACAACGUCACAGGUUUACUCCAGGAGCACGUGUCUACUGGAAUGCAGAACUCGUGAAGUUAUCCAGAAAUGUGGUUGUAGACUGCUAGGAAUGCCUGACUUACCAGAAUUUAACGGUACUAAACAUUGUAACCCAAAAGAGGGGGUAGAUUGUGGAUUGUUUGCCAAUAUUAGCAGCAUUCAACGUAAAAGAUUAGAGGACGUCAUGGCCACGCACUUUAUAACAUCAUAUGCUGAUGUCGGUGGCUAUCUUGGUUUGUUUUUGGGCUGCAGUAUUCUGACUUUUUGUGAGCUGCUAGAUUUCAUCAUUACCUACUUGUCUGGAAAACGCAAAGAAAAGAAGACUAAAAUCGGACAAACUAUUGAAGUGAAAGAAUGCAAACCUGAAAUUGCUGAUAAUACAGCYUACUGA